CUACCACGUUCAAUCAAAUCAUUGACAUGUGGUCCAAUGUACGACGUGGCGAUCGAGCCCAAUGCGCUACCUAAAUCAAUCACUCGACUAAAGCUUGGUUCGCUGUUCAAGAAGUCGCUGCUGCCUGGCGCGCUGCCCGAGUCACUCAAACAUCUUGACAUGGGAGGCUACAACCUGUCGUUGGAGCCUGGAAUCAUCCCAUCUCAACUCGUAUCACUCAGAUUACGCAAGUUCCACGAGAGGCUUGUACACGACGCGCUGCCCCCGACGCUCACGGAGCUCUUGAUCGAUGCUCACUUCAAUCAAUCGUUGGAUGCAGUGUCGACGCUGCCCGCACUCACGCGACUUGAGCUGCCGCUCACGUACGACCAUGAGAUCGCGCCGGGACACCUCUCGCCGUCACUCACCUGGCUGCGACUGGGCAAGGGACACACAAAGGCGCCGAUCAUCCCCUCGUCACUCAAGUCGCUCGAGCUCAACUGCACAUACUUCAACUUCAUAGCGACCAUGGCGCAAUGUCCAUCACUCACACGAUUUGUAGUCAACAAGCACUUUAACGACCCGCUCAAAGUCGGCUCGUUGCCAAACACGCUCACCGAGCUCGACUUGAGGUCGAUGUUUGGUCGGCCCAUCGAGCCGGGUGUGCUCCCCGCCGGCCUGACGCGUCUGGCCAUGAGCGACUACUACAACCAACCCAUCCCGCCAGGCGUGUUGCCUGAGGGACUCACGGAUUUGUCGCUGGGCGACGAGUUUGAUCAACCACUCGUAGAGGGCGGCCUGCCCGCUAGCCUCACCAGGCUCUGCCUGAGCGAGAACUUCAACCAGGACAUCAACUCGGCUGUCUUCCCCAAGAGCAUCACGCACCUGGGCGUCAAACACAUGGUGCAGACAUUGUACGCGGAACAGUUUGCCGCCAGACCUGUCAACGUGCACUGCGAAAAGAACAUUGGCGAGAUGUUCAGGGGCUACUCCAACGUGCCAUUCAAUCAAUUGUCAUUUGGCGGCGUGUACAACUUUGGCCUGUCAGCCAUCGUCGCCUCUGAUCAAUUGGCGCAAUGCUAUGCACGUACCAAACUAUUGCUGAGGGCAUAUCCCAAUGCAUCAUCAUACCGAUUCGCACUUCAAUGGUCCACCACCUACGAGCACUUUGAAUGCCUGUUCAAAGUACGAUCACUUGGCAACAGCAAGGCCAUGCUCCACAUUCCAGACUGGCCCAAAGGUGGCUCAAUCACAACCAUCAUCUCAACAUCUGAUGAGGACAAU